AGCAGGAGGGUGUGUACAUUGGGGGCUGGAGUCUGCGCAAUGUCCUCUUUCCUAGGCAAGAGACUUCAGAAAAUCAGGCCAGUACGCAAGCCGUACUCGGGCAGAUGCAUGGCUUGGAAAGAGAUUGGACAGCGGCACAAGAAAAGGCAUUGGUUCGCAAGCUCGAUUUACACAUCAUGAUCCCUUGCUGCAUCAUCUAUGUCCUUGCUUACCUCGACCGUUCCAAUCUUUCAAACGUCAAGAUCCUCCAGAAGGACACACCUGAUUCUUUCGAAGAGAGCCUGGGCCUCCAAGGCCUAGACUUCAACUGGGCGGUGUCCAUCAGUUACUUCACGCUCACGGCAAUGCUCAUACCUUCGGCAUUAUUGAUGAAGAAGAUAUCGGCAAAACUAUACUUUCCACUGUGCAUGGUCAUUUGGGGUAUGAUUGUAAUGACCAUGUCUGCUUGCAAAAGUGCCCCUGGCUUGUUCACUGCACGGUUCUUCCUUGGUCUCCCAGAGUCGGGUAUUUGGCCUUGUGGAAUCAUGUAUUUCUCGUUCUGGUAUAAGCCCCAUGAGCGCGCCCACCGCAUCGGCGUUUUCUACAGUUCAAACUCCAUCGCGCAAGCUAUAUCUGGAGUCCUCGCUGUGGGCAUUGACAAUCUCAACGGACAUCUCGGUCUCAAAUCAUGGCAAUGGGUCUUCAUCAUCGAGGGAGCUCUUCCCAUUGCACUGGCCAUACCCAUCUGGUGGGUUCUUCUCACUUUUCCGGAAGACUCCAAAAAUUUGACCGAUCGAGAACGACAUAUCGCAAUCAACAGACUCGAGAGAGGUAGCACCCGCAAGACCGAUGUCACAUGGGAUACAAUGGCUUUCUUCAGAAUCAUGUUGCGUCCUUCGACCUACGCCUUUUUUUUCAGCUACAUAUGUAUCGGAAUAGCCGCUGUGGCACAGGCGACCUUUUUGCCUACGAUAUUGUAUUCCUUGAUGAAAUUUUCCGUUCAAAAGGCCAACCUCUACACCGCCAUCAUCAACAUCGUGGCCGUUCCUAUCUACUGGACGUUUCCACUGCAUUCCGACUGGACCAAAGAGCGCAUGUGGCAUUAUCUCAUCCCCGUGGCGGCAUCGAUUCCGUGUUACGCCGUCUGGACUUAUCAAGGUUACCACUCCGAUACCAGCACAAUCAGCAACAUGUCUCUGUACGGGAUGGCCUUUUUGGGACAGUUGCUACUCAUGGCACAGCCUGUGAUGCUCUCUUAUCGCAGUUCCACCCUCUACGGGGCCGCUGAACAGGCGGUUGGAACUUCAGUGACCGUGGGAGCAUUGUCCAUUUCAAGUAUCAUCGCACCACAGAUGUAUCCCAAUAAAGACGCUCCGAACUAUGUCCAGGGCUUCUCAGCUACUGUGGGUCUUCUGGCCGCAAGCCUUGUCAUCUACGCCACCAUCCCAUUCUGGUUGCAACUGGAAGCUCGGCAGCGGAAACGAAAGACCGGGCAUGCUCUGCCUCUGAGAAGCUUGGAGGACUCGGAGCACAGCGCCGUUUCUCCCGAGAUGUUGCAACGAAUGCGCGAGAUGCAGGAGCUCGAGGUUCACCAGGGUCCAGAGGGGAAAGCGCCGAUACAACAGCAUGCCACGGAGGUUGAGUAUUCUGUUCAAAACGUCUCGAGGGUGUGAAGUAAUACGCUUUCGCUGUGAGUCAAAGUAGGUCGCUUCACAAAGAAAAGACCUUGAGGUAGAGAUAGAAGCCAUCCAUGGUAUUUCGAUUGUUUUGAUCUUCGGCGAGACG